AUGGUGGUGACUCCGUUCUUGCCGCAGUCUUUCUUCUUUGACUGGAACACACCUGGCCAACCUGUUCCAAUUCCUACAACUGAGCAGUGCGAAACUAUCCACAUCGUCUGGGCGCGUAGCACGGCCGUAGGGCCGAAUCCCACUUCUCCUUACCAUCUGCAAGUCUACACAUCGACUUCUACCAUUCCUCUCGUUAUUCCUGCCGGUGAUGGCCUCAGCUUCGACUGGCCUGUGCCUUUCGCGCCUGGAACGCAGUAUCAGAUCUGCAUGUUCGACAAGUUUGGCAAUACAGGGGGUUGUCAAGAUACCUACACCGUGAUACCUCCAAGAAGCAUCCCGAAUUGCGCCAACGUUACAUUUCCUCCUGCACUCGAGGUGCAGGCCCAGGUUGAGAACGGUCCAAUGUCCCAGUACGGUUGGGUUGAUCAAUGCACAGAUAUAUCUGUCCAACCCUUGAGCGGCACUCCGCCGUAUACUUUGACAGUCGCUCCUUCUCUCCAUCCACCGUACAACAUCACCUCUCCCGAUACCAAACCCAUUAAUUGGACAGUAAGCCUGUCAUGGGCGUCGCAAUUUUUCGUCAGCCUUGUGGAUGCAGAUGGCAGCAUGUGGUCCAAUGGACCUUUGCAUAGCGGAGGUGGAGGAACCAUUGCUUGUCUCGCUGGCAAUGUCACUACAGACUUCGAGGACACUGUCAAACCUGCCGUCGCUAUCGGCGCCGGUGUUGGUGGCCUGGUGGUGGGCCUCCUCUUCGGAGCGUUGAUCGCGUUUAUUUUCCUAAGGCGCAACUACAAGAAGAAAUUAUCUUCGGCCCGCUUUGUCGACGUGCCAGGGUCGGCAUCUGGAUCCCCUAACGCCCUGCUGUAUGAUCAGAGACAAGGGCAAGGUUCAUCGCAAUACCGACCCCUUCCGACAGUGUCAUCGUCAAGCGCCGGGCCCUCAAACAACCCUUCGAUAUUCAAUCGCACAACUCAAGGAUCGAUGCAGUACCAAGUCGAGCCGUUCGUCAUACCCUCCGAAGAUGGUCAGCUUUAUCGUGAACCGCGCUCGCCCGGUUCAGCGUACGGCCCCAGCAUUCCAGGUGGCCGCGCAGCGUCAUCGGCGCACGAGCAUUUGGUACCGCCCGUCCCAACGCCAGCGCCGGCCCAGCCGCCGAGCCAAGUAUAUGUCGUACACCAUGAUAGCCAAACACCGCCCGUGACGAUCUAUCACCAAGACGGAACGCAGAUUGUCGAGCUACCGCCGCGCUAUCCUCCACACUCCGCUGUGCAGAGCGAGGCGCUCAGUGAUGCCAGGAGUGGCAGUGACAGCAGGAGCGACGGCAGUCGUAACGACCGCUCCGCAAUACUUGAUUUCGAGCUACAGCAAACACGACAGCCUGGGCCAGCACGAAAAUCGACUCGCCGAGCUCCGUCAUAA